AUGGUAGAAGAAGCGUUGGUGGAACAUAGACUAGACUCGCAGAAACUUCUUGGUGAUAAACAAGUGAUUGAUGCUUUUGACGGUAUUUUAGUUGUACUGCACAGAGCAUUAGUGUAUUAUAUUGAAAUUGCAGGGCAUUUGACAUUAGCAUUUGAAAAAGUUUAUGAUUCAUCAAUAACCAUUGAUUCAGUGAAGUACUAUGAUGGUAAACUUUUUGUUGCUUAUAGGGGGUGUGAUUAUGCUCUAAAGAAAGAAAAUAUCAUGUUGGACGUACUUGAUUACCAAUUGGAGGUGUUAUCGAAAGGGUCCUUUCAGGAUGCUUCCUUUAACAAAGGUGAAGUUGUUACUGCCUUCAAACUGAUAUUCAAUUAUCUCAUGGUUGUCCUUGAGAGUUACAAUUACAUUGUUUUACCACUUUUAUCUGGGGAUGCAUACCGGAUGUUAUACACAGCAAAUGAUAAUAACAUAUUUUUCAUAUUUGAAUCAUGUGGACCGGCAUUGUACAAGCGGGAAAUACAAAAAACUGCCUCUGGUUGUAAACUUAUAGACAUUCCAUGGAGCGUUAAGCAAGUGAUUAAAUACUGUAAAUCAGAUGAUUACUUUUGUGUUCAAGAAUUCAAUACAGAUUACAUCAUUUUUUCCAGUGAGAACAAGAUAAGCUAUUUUUCAUUCACUGACCCUUCGAAUUAUUUCACAGUCGAUUUCCACGGCCCCAUAACAUCCUCUACCAAAUGGAACGACCAAAUUAUUGUGGUUUUUGAUGACAAAUCUAUCUUUACUCUGGAUAUUAACAGUAAAGAAUAUCAUCCUCUCAUCGAGCCAAUUACGGUUUGGACUAACUCAAUUCAAAACACCUCCAACCUGUUGAUACUACAUUCUCCCAAGACUGGCCUGGUGACAAUAAAUAAACGUACCCUUCAAGUAGGGUACGCCAGAGAUACCAUUCAUACUUUUCAAAGAAUGAAUGCCUCUGUCGCUGCUGUUUAUGCAUUUUAUUCCCCAGAGGAUAAUCUGAUUGUUGCUUACUCAGAUGGUGGUGAUAGCAUUCUUAUCAAACAUGAGGAUGAUUAUACCUACAAGUAUCUUUCAAAUGUCAUUAGUAUAAAAAGUGCGGUCUGUAAUCACUUUAACUUUAAAGAAAAUACAAUCAUCCUUUCCUUUGCUGGUGUUUAUCUUGUUUCAUACCCUCUUCAAGUGAUUGCGGAGUUCCCCAUCGAUGAUCCCUUAGAUAUCAAAUAUGACUACAAGCUAGAUAGAUUUAUUGUAAGCACUUAUUCCAAUAAUGAAACAGGUAUUUCCAGUUUGUAUAUUCUCACACCAGGGUUGCAGUUGGACAAGCGCAUGGAUAAGAAAGCACAUUUUGGAUUUUAUCUUGAUGUUGGAACACAGGGAUUCUUUGACAAUACGAAAUAUUAUUCAUACAUUGAUAACAAAAGAAAGGAAUCUUUUGAUGUUAAGCAUAGGCCCACUGAUACCACAGACUUUAUUUACCAACACAAUUGUCUCAUAUAUAAAUCCGCUUAUGAUUUUGUAUGUUGUGAGCGUUCAACAGGUGUUGAGACUGUUACUCCCAGGAUCACGUCUUUUACCAAAAUUGAUGAAGACCGCGUAUUGUUAUUUUUCAAUGAAACCGUAUCAGUGUUUGACGUCAGAACAAAACAAGUUGAGGAACUAUUGAAGGGAAAACGAGCAUUCAAGCCAACAGAUAUAAACCUCCAUAUUUUGGACGUUGAUAAUAAAGUAAAACUGAAACUAAAGAAGGGCAGGUUUCUCACCAGCAUUUCCAGUUUUUACACUGUGAUUGAAUACGAAAGCACUUAA